AUGUGCCCGAGACAACUCCCCAUCCGCGAUUCCUGCACGGCGACCCGUGACACCCUUUGCUCCACCGGCUGUCCGCGCGGACAUUACCUCGCACCGGGAAACGGGACGCAGCCCCAAAGAUCCUGCGUUCCUUGCCGGGUGUGCGACGAAGGCUACGGGACAGUCCAGGAGUGCAAGCCCAACAGCGACACAGUGUGCCAAAAAUGCCCCGAGGGGUACUACUCGGAGGUGAAGAGCCCGUACGAGCCGUGUCUGAUUUGCCAACGAGAAUGCGGACCGAAGGAAGUCAUGAUCCAGCCGUGUACCCCGUUAUCAGACACUCUCUGCAUGGUCUACUGCUCCAUCUUGGCCGCCGUGGUGGUUGGGCUCCUGGCCUACGUGGGGUUCAAAUGCUGGACAACCUGCAAGCAGAAGCAGCAGCUGGCCAAAGCCCGGAUGGGGGGGGAGUCGUCCUCGUCCCCCGAAGGGGAGAAACUUCACGGAGACAGCGGGGUCUUCCUGGACACCCACAGCCUCCAGGAGCAUCACCCGCUGAACAAGGCAGGACCCAGAGCCGACCCCCCUCUCUACAGCAGCCUCGCCCACCCCCUGCAGGAGGAGGUAGAGCGGAUGCUGGAAGCACCCACCCCCGGCGGCAAAGACUGGCGCAUUCUGGCCCAGCACUUGGGCUACCUGGACGAAACCAUCGAGACCAUCGGCUGGGGGGAGGCCCCUGCCCACACGCUGCUCUCCGAUUGGUCGGCCCAGGAGGGGGCCACGCUGGAGGCCCUGGGCCAGGCCCUGACCGCCAUCGAGCGGGGGGACGUGGUGGACCGUCUGAACGCGCCCGUGGAGGUCAGCUCGGUGGUGUGA